UUAUAUCAUAAUAGUAAAAAAUUACUUGACAUAAACAUAAAUACCUACAUACAAACAUACAUGAUUAUACAUAUACAUAGACUAAAAGCAACAUAAAAAAGUGGAGAUGAAAAACACAAUUUAAAUUACCUAAGUAAAAUUAUUUGAUAGAAAAAACAGCUGAUGCGUGUGCAUAAAUGAUCGCAGUAAUUAUAGUCAUUGAGUGAAAAAAUACCAACAAAUCAUAGGAGGGAAAAAAUUUUAUUAAAAGAAAGAAACAAAACAAGGAAAAAAGAAGCUAUAAUACUGUAUUGUGUGUACCGAAUGGUUUAACUUUAAAUUUUAUAAAAAUACAUGAAUACUUCGACCGAAGAGCCACUAUUCUCUAAUUAGUUUAGCAGAUGCUUUUUUUUGGAGCCGCUGCCGCCAGCGGUGCUGGUUGGUCCCUUGUUUUUAUUGAGUGUAAUGUGAGAUGCAGACUCUGACCACUUGUUGUGGGAGUCUCACCCACACCCCAUGGCCCACCAUCAACGUAUUACCAACGUUUCCGUGUGUGCGUCUAUGCGUAUAUGGAUAUUACACACAUCAACAUGUGGUACACACAUGUCAGCGUGGCUUGCCGAGGGGGUGGGGGAGGGGAAAGAACCAAAGAGAACGAGGAUAGCGCAUAGUAGAUGCCUUACUCAUUCAUAAAUCAGUCUUCCUGAAGUAAAGAGCAUCUCGUAACAAUUCAUUCGACGUAUUCCGCCGAGUCUUAAACCAACUGAACUAUCUAAUAACCAAGUUUAUUAAUUUGGUCAUCAUUAUUGAGAGGGAGAGGGAAGAAAAACGUAGCUAGGAAUGGCUGCUAGGAAAAAAGAUGAACCUGGUAAACAACGGUAUCAAGCUAACGCUAGAGAACGGGAUCGGACACAUAGGUUCGCAACUCAAGAAUCGCAAUCUUCACUGUGCAGCGUAAAUACAGCGUUCACCGCUCUUAGGACAUUGAUACCCACUGAACCCGCUGAUAGAAAAUUAUCUAAAAUCGAAACAUUGCGACUGGCAAGCAGCUACAUCAGCCACUUAGGAGCUGUGCUAAUUGUCGGUGCUGCUGAUCAACCCUGCUUACGCUUGGAGGAAAAUCAUUUACGAUCGUCAACGUUGAACAAUUCGUGGGGUAAUAAUGAAACUCAUACAGGCAGACCUCAGGUCUGUACUUUUUGCCUCGCAACGCAUAAAAAAUACAACUUGAACGUCGCUUCUCAAACAAUCGCGGACUGUCAAAGUCAAGAAGGCUCGCAAUACAUUAUACUUCCGUCGAGUUCGUCGUCAUAUUUCGACUUGGAUCCGAUAUAUUAAAUAUAAGUUUUUAUAGAAAUGCACGAUAGAUAUCCGAGCUUAUGUAUAUUAAUUGUAAAUACGAUUACUAAUGUAACGAAAGUAAAAAAUCUACCCUAAUGUUGACUUAGUUUGCGUAAAAGAAAAGACAGUCGGAGAGGAAAAAUGCACCAACGCACUUUCGGCAGUAUUUGUUUUGGUCUCUCGCAUAGCCGACAAUGCAGUGAGGAAAGACGUUUUGGUGUUACUCCCCGUUCUCGUUUGCCGUUCCACAUUUCAGUGUUUUUAUUUGGUUAUUUAUCACCUGUAGCAAGAAAUUGGAAUCAUGUUUGUCACAGAAAAUAACCUUCGUUCAUGGUUGGAACUUCAUUAGGUGAGAUGAGAUAUAUUUUUUCAAACUUAUGCCAUUUUUACGGUUUCAUAGCAACCGCGAUAAAACGAACUGGGCUCAACCAUUAUACGAAAGAUUUUGCCACAGAGGUAAUAAAUAGAUGUUACAAAAAAUAAUCCAGCAAUCCAUCUUUUCUACUGUUUAUCUUUUAUCAUACUUAAUAUAAUC